UUUCCAUUUCAAAGAAUUGGAUUCCGGAAAUAUGCGCAUCCUCCGCGUUGAUAAACCUCCGACUUUAACAAGAUUCUGUUUAUUUCUUGUUUGUCGAUAAUGACGUCUGCAGAGUUGAAGAAAAGCAUGGAACCCGGUGAACAAAGCUAUAUGCUUUGUCUUUUUCCGGGGAGCUUUCGAGCCAACCUCUCACCUCUCAAGUUGCGCCUGCUUCCAAACCACGAUGGUUUAGAUGAUUCCUCUUUGUAUUGGAAGUUGAGAGGGCCUAAUGAUGCAUAUUAUGUGAGCCACGACGAGUUGUGUAGCAAACGAGGACUAUAUUUUUAUUCCUUUUCAGACCAGAACUUGGAGAACCUUGACAUUCAUAUAGAUAUUAUAAUGGGAAAGGUUGACUCGUCAUCUUGUUGUGUUGUUGGACAAUGUGCUUUGGUUUCCAGUGAGUUUAUGGACACAAAAGGCUUGAUACGGAGGCCUCUAAUUAGCAAGGAUAUUCUUAUCGUUGGAGAGUUAGUGUUUGAAUAUCUCAUAGUGAGACCCUGGUUGCCUAGUGUAAAGAAUAUGAGAGAAUAUUUAUAUGCUAUCAAGUUAAACUAUACUCUUCCACUUUUGGUGGGUCAUCGAGGGAAAGGAGCUCAUUCAAAGUCUUAUGUUCAGGAAAAUACGCUAUUAAGCUUUCUAUCUGCAACUCGUGAUAAAAGAGUCAAGUUCAUUGAGCUGGAUGUUCAGUUAAGUGCAGAUGGUCACCCCAUAGUGUUCCAUGACUUUUUGAUUACCCGGAAGACACAACAACUGGACUUGGAUGAUAUGGAUAUCCGAAAAGUUGAAAGAUAUCCAACUAUUGCAGUUGGAAGCUUGUCUUUGAAAGAUUUUCAGAGAAUGGCUAUUUAUCGUGAAGGUGCUGCAGUCACUUUUUAUGAUAGUGAUCACGAAACUCGAGAAAGUAAUGGCUAUCACUUGCGUUCAAAGACAAGUCACGGAGGACGAAGAAAUGGUACAAGAAGCCAUUCAAAUUCAUCAAGUCGUUCAAGUUCUAUCACUUCGGAUCUAUCAGGCAUUGCAAGUCAUCGAAGUAGUGACUCAGAUAGGGACGACAUGGAUGAGAUUCCAAGUUUGAUUGAAGAUCAUUUGCCUUCACUGGAUGAAGUUCUGAUGAAGAUGCCUGUUGAUGUUGGUUUCUUUUUGGAGAUGAAAUAUCCUUGUCCUGAUUACCAGCAGCGUAAGAAGUUGGUGGUUCCUGAUCGCAAUGUUUUUGUGGAUGCUGUUUUGGAUUGUGUGUGUAAAAGUUUUGUAGAGAAAAAGCAACGGACGAUUGUUUUUCUUUCAUUUGAUCCUGAUAUUUGUUAUUUAUUGAAAUGCAAGCAAGAAUAUUUUCCAGUUUUGUUGCUUUGUUCGGAGACUCGUUUCUCAAGUGACGAUCAUUUUGACCUUCGAACAAUGGAUAUUCAAAAUGCGGUGAACUGGUCUAUUCAUCAAAAGUUAGACGGUAUGGCUAUUCUAUCUGACAUUUUAUUUGAGAAGCCGAACAUUGUAUCGGAGUUAAAGAAUAAUGGAUUGAAAGUGUUUUGUUUUGGAGCUAUUACUUCACAAGAAGACAAGGCCAAGAACCUCAUUAAGCUGGGAGUGGAUGGUCUUAUUGCAGAUAACGUCACUUGUCUUGCCAAAAAACUUUGUGAUAUAUUGUAAAGAAACCUUGUUCUAUUUGUUACUUUGUGCUAUUGUCCAAUUUUUCACUUGCAAGUUGUCUAGUUGUUCUGGAUAAUUCGUCUCGAGUGUUGGAGCUUGUGGAGUAGGAAUCACAGACAAUUUUUUUUGUAUUGUCCAUUGUUGGGUUAUCCAUCGUGUUCCUAUUCUCAACUUGGUAUAUUUGAAAUACGA